AGGUUGAUGGCCCAUCAUUUAAGAGGAUAAUAAUGGUAAUCUCAAUCACAUGGUAAAUCACAUGACCAUUCCUCAUCUCACGUGAAACCGUAAAUCGAAGACGAAAGUAGGCAGAUACUGAUACAAGAAUGAAGACACUGUUGUUAUUCCUGGCUGGGCUCUCCAGUAUCUACACACUGGAUAAUGGAUUGGCCCGCACUCCCCCUAUGGGCUGGAACUCAUGGGAACGUUUUAGAUGCAACACUGAUUGUCUCAAUGAUCCAGAAAAUUGCAUUGGAGAGAAACUGUACAUGCAGAUUGCGGACAGAAUGGCAGAGGAUGGCUACAAAGACGUUGGAUAUGAGUACGUAAAUGUAGAUGACUGCUGGAUGGCCAAAAAACGAGGACCUGAUGGAAGACUGCAGGCAGACCCUGACAGGUUCCCCAGUGGCAUGAAAGCUCUGGGUGACUAUAUCCACAGUAAAGGUCUGAAGUUUGGGAUCUAUGAGGACUUCGGGACAGAAACGUGUGGGGGAUUCCCUGGCAGCAAGUUCUUCAUGGAAUCUGAUGCUCAGACAUUUGCUGACUGGGGUGUAGAUCUACUGAAGUUAGAUGGUUGUUAUAGUAAUGUAGAAGACAUGACUUCUGGAUAUCCCAUUAUGGAGUUUUUCCUCAACAAAACAGGCAGACCUAUUCUCUACUCUUGCAGCUGGCCUGCUUACUUUGUAGCCAAUGAUAAAAUUCCUGAUUACAAAGCUAUUGCUAAGAGCUGUAACAUCUGGAGAAAUUUUGAUGAUAUCCAGGACUCAUGGGAUAGCGUGGCCAGUAUCAUUGGAUACUAUGGCAAAAAUAAGGGAAACUUUUCUGAUGUAGCAGGUCCAGGAAAUUUUAAUGAUCCUGAUAUGAUAAUAGUUGGAAACUUUGGCUUGAGUAAGGAACAGCAGAAAUCCCAGAUGGCAUUGUGGGCCAUCAUGGCAGCCCCCCUGAUCAUGUCCACAGACCUCAGGAAUAUUGACCCUUACUCCAAGGCCCUCCUACAACACAAGGGGGUGAUAGCCAUCAAUCAGGACCCCCUAGGACAGCCAGGGGCUCUAUUGGUAGAUAUGAACCAAAUACAGUUCUGGUUUCGGCCGGUCACUCCACAGGGAAGUGUCGCCUUUGCAAUUCUUUACACUGGAUCAGGAGGAACUCCGGAAAAGCUGAGUGUGGAGUGUCAGACGGUAGGCAUGAUAGGACCAGGGGGGUACAAUGUCACA